GUAGUGCGGAACGAGCGGCCUGUAGUUCGCAGAGCGGAUGAAGAUGGCGGCUGCGGCCUCGGCGGGUCCCGGAGCCUCGGGCUCGGUUCGGGGCCGCUUUCCGGGCCGGCCGUGGGGAGGUAGAAGCGGAAACCGGGUCGAUCGGGCCCGGGUGGCGUUACAGAUACCCGGGGUCCCGGAGGAGGUGGAGCCGGUCAAGCCUCGGAUACCCGGAGUACCCAGCAACGCCAAGCGCCCGGCGGGGGCCUGUGACCGGGACAAGCACAGCGCUCAGGAAGAGUCUGUGGGAUCAAAAGAAGAAAAACCCCAAAGCACUCCACUCCGCCUGUCUUUGAGAUCUAAUAAAGGUCCGAAAUCCCCUACGUCCCCUCCUCCUCCUCCAGCUGUGGUUUCUUCCUGUAAAGAAGAAAGCCCGCCCAUGUCCAAGGCCAAGCAAGUGAGCCCUACUGCAGCAACAGUUAAGCAAGAGCCUCUGACGCUGCCUACAUCUAUGCAUGGUUUCACCCCGGACAAGAUCGUUCGAGUUCACCUCACACAACUGGACCCUACUCUUUUCGGCAUAAAUACUUCAAUUUUACUUUCUCCGAAAGAGUCAGAGGUAGCCUCCCACAACCACCACCACACUGACCUCUCGACUCCUGUAAAGGUACAAACCAACCCUAGCAGCGCUUCGAAGAAAAAUAAACGUCGGAGAGGGAAGUCUUUGACCUACAGAAAAUGUUUGCCGCGCAAACCAAAAGCAAAAUCGGAGGUUUCCAGCCCUGGUGACCAGGACGUCCAGGCAAAAGACAGUACGGUCGCUCUUGUUGAAGGGCAUCCUGCUAAUGUUGAUAGCAGAGUGGAUAUAGAAAGUCAUGAAAGGGAAUUUUCCAAGGCAGCUGAUGCCAACAUAAUUCAUGAAGAUUCCUCUAAACCUUCCACUUCUUCUAAUGCUGACCAACCAACUGGACAGGGUUCUCCCAGAGCCGAAGGGAAGGUUGACGAACAAGCCACCAAAAUGGAGGUUGAGCAAGAUAAGUCACGUCUUCCUCUUAAGAGAAAGGGGCAACGAGAUAGGCAAGUUCGGAAGGUGAAAUGGAAACUAAGAGCAGAGCAUUGGCAAGGGUGUAUAGAAGAACCCAGAGACGACGACGACAGCGAAGAGAGUCCUGAAGCUAAAGUUAGCCAGAAGGUUCAUGAUGGAAGAAUACGGGUCGAGGCAGAAUAUUUAGAAGGCAAUGGACAGUCUACAGAACCCAGGCCAGAGCCAUUGCCGGCUAAAGACGAAACAUCUGAGCGGACUGUUAAAGAUGGUCUGAAUUUGACCCCGCCACCUGUUGAAGGUGUUAAAUUUGAGAACAGUUCAUUGGUGGAGAUGCCUUCGGAGGAGGCAAAAUUGACUGACCCUUUGAAACCAACUGAGUCAGCUCCCAUUCAGUUAUCGGCAGCAAUAAGCGACCCUGUGGAUCCAAUUAAUGACGCCUCGUCUGUGGCUGAACAGCAGCCUUCAUCGAAACCCCUUGGGCUUUUGAAAAAGAGCAAGAAAGCAAAGCGGACUAGUUCUCUGCAGGCCGACCGCACGGCCGUUCAAAAGCUUAUGGCCAAGGUGAAGGAAGCCCAGAGCAAAGCCCAGUCUCAUCUCCUGGCUCAACCAUCCAAAGCUGUAGCCGCCGACACCACAGAGUCCGCCAAGCCGGCUGUGAAUGCACGUCCUUCCCGUGUGAUUAAAAUUCCUCGAAGGCUAAUUGAAGAAGACCUGCCGAUCAUCGCAGACACGCAGCCCAAGAAGAGCUUGUCGGAGCCAACGGCUGCUUUGGGCGAGAUGGAGAAGCAGGUCCUUUCCGACGCCCUUUUGUCUCCUGCUAAUCCAUGUUUUAGUCUUUUUAAUGAAGAUGAUCACCUCAACACGCUACCUCCAGCAUCUCCUGAAACGGACUCCUCGCCGUCGUCGUCCGCGUCUUCAUCUGCGGCUUCAUCACCAACUCUGGAGUCCUCUCCCGUUCCCCCCACUCCUGAAAGCUUGCGUAAGAACAUUCUGCGAGCGCCUACGUUUCGCUGGAACUCCUUCAAUAUUUCUGCUUCUGAGACGCAAGAAACGUCAAGUUCUUCUCAGCCUCCUGUACGCCUGUCCUCCCCUGAAUCUUCGGAGGAUCCUGUGAAACCUAGCACCCCUCCAUCAGCCCCGACCUCCCCACUUCCUUCUGACCCACCCCCCAGGCCCGACUCUGUUAAGCGCUCUCCUCUCCUUCGCGCGCCGCAGUUCACCCCCAGCGCAGCACACUUGAAAAUCUACCAGUCUGUCUCUCUUCAGGACAACGAGGCCAAAAAGGCUUCUGUGACCACAAGUAGGAUUACCUUGUCAGACCACGGAUCGGCCACUGUGGCUGGUUCCCCGCCAGAUCUCUCGAGCACUGUCGUCAAACAAGAACCACAGCCUGCAGGAAGAAGGGCAAACCAUUUGGCAUUACCUCUGUUUGUAGACCCCGUUUCUCCAAACUCCAAACAAACUGUAAAGCUUUCUGAGCCAGUACAGUCCCUAAGCUUGAAGACCGAGAGUAAAUUCCGACCCAACGAGGUGCAUGAUGCUUCCGUCGUGAGACCUGUCAAAAUCGAGGCCAUGACUCUGUUUCCUGGAGAAAACCCCAUCUGUAAAGUUGCGGUGAAGUCCGAGUUCCAGUCUCCAGAGAGCUCACAAGGUGUCUUGACUUUCCCUCCUACGGAACUAUCCCUGUCCGGCACAGACAAGAAAGUCAUCAGCCUGUUGGAGAAGGCCAAAAUACAGCUUUUCCAGAUCGACAAACAGAAGAGUGCUGAUCAGGCUAAUUCUUCAAAAGACCUAACCCAGCAAGAAAAUGGCCCUACCACUGUGCAGGGGCAGGAUUCCCCAGUGCAAGGACCCCGGAUCAAACAUGUGUGCCGUCAUCCCGCCGUCGCUCUUGGGAAGCCACGAGCUAUGAUCCCAGAGGACAUCCCCAGGCUGAGCGCCUUGCCGCUGUGCGAGAGAGAGACCAUAGUGCCGGCAGAAGCAGCACCUCAAGAAGAUUCGUCUGCCUCAGAGCCGGAGCCCACCACCGUCACCAGGCCGAGACCCAUCAGGCAGCCGCCGCCGCCUCCUCUCCGCCGGCCGCGGCCCGCCUCCAGGGUGAGGCUACGAAUGGCCAGAUGCGGCAAGUGCAAAGGCUGCAACGUGAUGGAAGACUGUGGCAAAUGCGUAAACUGCAAGGACAAGACCAAGUUUGGCGGGCCCAACACCAAGAAACAAUGCUGCGUGUACCGGAGAUGUGAACGAAUAGAAGCCAGAAGACAGCAGAGGCAGUCGCAGAAAGGCCGAAAACCAAUCCGACACCUCCAAGCACGAGAGAGCAGCUCCGAUUCCACCCAUUCUACUGUUGAGAUCAGUCGAAACGACGACACAGAAGUUUCCGACCGCCUAGACCCCGGCGUCCAGUCCCAGCGAAAAUCCAGCCGACGCUGCGUGAGGCAACGCCCUUGCUACGACCUAUUCCCCGACUCAGAGGAUUCAGACUUCGAACCGAGUCCGAGCGCCCCCCGCAGGAAACAGCGGCGAGAGUCCGAUUUACUUCCUCAGGACUCGGAGGAGCAGAAUAAGCCACGCAGAGUUCCCCAGCAGCCCGUGAUCCUCCGUGCCAGAUCGGGCCAGGAGCAGGACUCAACCUUGAACGGCGCCUCAACCAAAAUCAAAUCUUCCGAUGGAACCCAUCGCCUGCGCGUAGAUUUCAAGGAGGACUGCGACCUGCAGAACGUGUGGAUGAUGGGAGGACUCAGUAUAUUGACAUCGUUCUCUAUAACGCCGACUCACGUGUGCCUGCUCUGCGCCAGCCGCGGACAUCAUGAGUUCUUGUACUGUCGGGUGUGCUGCGAGCCCUUCCACACGUUCUGUUUGGAGGAGUCCGAGAGGCCGCUGCCUGAACAGGAGGACAUAUGGUGCUGCCAGCGCUGCAAAUUCUGCAACGUCUGUGGGCACAAGGGGAAAUCUAAAAAGCCUCUGCUGGAGUGUGAACUUUGCCAGACAAAUUAUCACAUUUAUUGCCUCGGACCAAAUUAUCCCAAUAAGCUGCCCCGUAGUGGCAAAGGCUGGAUGUGCUCAUCCUGCGUUCGCUGUAAAAGCUGCGGAGCCAGUCCCGCAGUGGACGCUGACCUGGAGCUGACAGAAGGAGGGAACCUGUGUACGCCUUGCUUCGCCCUGUACAAUAAAGGGAGCUUUUGUCCCAUGUGCAGUCGCUGCUAUGAAGAGAACGACUACGACAGCAAGAUGAUCCUGUGCGCCAAGUGUGAUAAGUGGGUGCAUGCCAAGUGCGAGGGGCUCACUGAUGAGGGGUACGAGACCCUCUCCAAUUUACCUGACAGCGUGGUGUAUACAUGCCCGCCGUGUCUGGGGGAAGGUGGCGCAAUAUGGAGAGAGGCCAUGCUCUCAGAACUGACUGCCGGUUUUCAUGAAAUCCUGCAAAGUCUCCUGGCCUCCAAACUUUCCUCUCCUCUCCAGCACUGCUCACAGUGUUCGGGUGUACAGGCCGACACAAAGUGUCUCUACACUCCCUGUGAUUUGGAGUCUCUUGGGCAAAAUUUGGAGGAAGGUCACUACAACUCCAUAGCCUCCUUCAAUGACGACAUGGUGCGGAUCAUUCAGCAAAAUUUGGAGAACGGGUCAUUGCACAAAGAUGGUGAAGCUCUGAAGACAUUGUAUGUUAAGCUUCUGGAGAAAUCCUUUAGCUGGUUCAGCGUUGAAGACUCGAAAUAUUGGAAGAAGAAUGACAAGUCUAUGGCCAGCGUUCUCCCCAAUGCCGUUCUCCCGCCAUAUUCCGAUCACUCGUACGCCCUGUGGAAGGAUAGAGAAGACGGCCAUCGUCCGAGCAAUGGGGAAGUCCUGCACCCUACACCGCCACUGAAAAUCAAGAAAGAAGAGGGUGAAUUUGAGGGUCUUCCGGAGAAGGACAAUCGGCAGUGUGUGCUUUGUCUAAAAUACGGAGAUGAUGACCCAAAGGACGCCGGGAGACUUCUGUAUAUUGGACAAAACGAGUGGACUCACAUCAAUUGCGCUAUCUGGUCAGCGGAGGUGUUCGAGGAGAACGAUGGCUCCCUCAAAAACGUGCAUGCGGCCGUCGCUCGAGGUCGACAAAUGCGCUGUGAGUUCUGUUCGAAGUCUGGAGCCACCGUGGGCUGCUGCUUGUCCACAUGCCAGAGUAACUUCCAUUUCAUGUGUGCCCGGGCCCGGAAUUGUACCUUCCAAGAAGACAAGAAGGUCUUCUGCCAGAAACACUGCAAACACUUGGACGGAACGAAGGUGGACACAGACUCUUUUGACGUUCUUCGUAGGGUCUACGUGGACUUUGAGGGGGUCAGCUUCAGACGAAAAUUUCUGCAGGGCCUGGAGCCAGAGAACAUUAACAUGAUGAUCGGUGCUAUGAAGAUCGACUGUAUGGGUAUGCUGACGGAUCUCUCUGUAUCUGAGGGGAAGAUCUAUCCUGUUGGGUAUCAGUGUUCACGUUUAUACUGGAGCACCCUGGAUGCUCGCCGCCGCUGCUGGUACAAAUGCAGGGUCGUCGAACAUCGCCCAAAAGAAGGUGACCUUUUAUCCGACGGAGAGGAAGCCAAGUGCCUCAACAGAACGAUUGUCCAUAGUCCUGGACAUGCCCUAGAAAAUUCAGAAGCCUCCACCCCCUCAACUCCAGAAACCCCUUCCCUCUCCCGGCCGCCUCUUGAGCCCAUCACUACUGCAGCUGCUCCCCGCUCAUUCUCUGGUGCCAGGAUAAAAAUGCCAAACUACUCUCCUUCCCGAAAACCCCUUGGUGGCUUUUCUCGCCCGCUUCCUUCUCCAGGGAGUCCAUCAUCCUCAUCAUCUUCUCUAUCCCAUCAUAUCCCGACGGUCAGAGAUCCUGAAGUUGCACCCCUUCGGAGAACCCGGAGACCGCCGGCUCCAGCACCACCACCAUAUCAUCCUCGGGUCACCCAUCAGACUAAAGCUCUGGUUUCCCGGGAUUCAGCAAGCCCUCCGCCUUCCACAACAACGUCGCCUCUCGCAAAGCAUUUUUCCUCUGAGGCGCCGUCGCAGCUCUUGACGGACAUGGAGGUGAUGUUGUCUCUAGACAGCGAACUGCUCACUGGACCUUUGCAGUGCGGUGCUCAGCUUUUGGUUGGUACGUCGUUACCGGCCGAUGAACAGGAUGGGGCGAGCAGUUCGGAGGAGGAGGCCGGAGAGCAGUAUUAUGGGUUGACAAGGACGGUGGUAUCUAAUGAACCUUUCAGUCCCCUCUUAUCCACACCGCCCGGUCGCAUUGAACAGCUGGAUGGUAUUCAUGACAGCACGGACAGCGAGGACACGCCGCAGAGUCGUAGCGGCUCUCUGAGCGGCGGCAAAACGCCAUCCCACCUGCCUUCUGAAAUUGUUGACUUUGUCUUAAAAAGCGCCAAUGUCACCAACGCGGACCACGCCACCCAACAGCAAGAGAGGGUGCCGUCUCCGCUGGCCUCCACCUCUCCCGUCACGCAGAAUGGGAGUGCCGCUGUCUCGCUGUCCAAUGGCAAAGAUUGCGUAAGCUACCAGUCCUCUCAAGGACCUCCUCCGCUCAGGGACCCGCCUCAAGUGCAAAGGGUGUGCCGCCCUCUCCUUCCCAUAACCCCUAAUGGACCUGUGAACAAACCCGCCUCCAAGUUUUUAUUGGUGAACAAGACCACCGGUCAGAUCAUUGCUGUUCAAGAUGACAGCUUGGACCAUAUGGGGCAGUUGGGGCAGUUUAGGCAGCUUCCAGAAUUGACAAAUACCGACUCUCACGGGGUCAUGAAGCACCCCAUUUUGAGGGCUAAUAGGUUUGCCCAAAAACCCACCCAAAAAACUCAGUUCGCUUGUCUUCCUCAGACUACUGCCCCCGUUUUGUCUACUACGUCCUCUGCCCCCUCCCAGAACAUAGGCACCGUUUUCCUGCAAACAACUUCAUCCGGCAGCUCAGCGAUUACACUACGUGUGCUCCCGAUGCUCAACAUGUUACAUGGCACUGGGCAGCUCAAUUUUGGGGCUCCGACGAUGAUGGCCCCCACCCUCUCUGGUAUCCCCCAAACCUGUCUACUGCAGGGUGUUCCCGUCAAUACAGGACUCCUAAGCGUUGCUCCCUCCCCGGUCCAGACCCAGGUGCCCCCACAGAUCCAACCCCCAGUGCAGCUACCCCACAUAAAGCCCGCUCCCCCUAAGAAACAACCCAUCCGGCAAGCCCCUAAGAGACCCUGUCCUGUGCCCAACAACAUCUCCCACAGAAAGAAACCCAAAUUGGAUAUGUUGGAUAAACUGGAAGACCUCGACCCGGACGCCAUCAUAAACCCCAUCGCUAUCAACUGUGUUUCUGAGACUGUGACCACCACAAGGUCAAAACGGAAUCGUAUCAAAACGUCAAUGUUCAAAGAGUUUGUGGACCCCGACUCCAUGGAUGAUGAUGAGCUAAGUUUGGAUAGCGAGAUUUUUGUCGAUCUGACGGUGGAUGUGAAAACAGAAGACGCUUCUCUAGAUUCGCCCAAAGAAUCUCCGUGCUCUGAGCCCUCUGCUGGUUUCUCUCCCAGCUUCGAGGACUUUGAAGAACGUUUUCUUGAGGAGAAGGAGAACUUGUUACCCAAGAAAGGCCGGCCGCAUCUGCGAUUCGAGAUCAUCAGUGAAGACGGCUUCUAUACGCAGUCUGAUAGCGCUGAAGGUGCAUGGAAGACUGUAGUGGAAAAGGUACAAGAGGCUCGAAGUGUGGCAAGACUUAGACAUCUCUCCUUCUCUGCCGGUCUGAGCGGAGCGCGGAUGUUGGGGGUUCAGCACGACGCCGUGCUUUUCCUGCUGGAACAGCUGACUGGCGCUGAGCGCUGCCGGGGGUACAAAUUCCAUUUCCACCACCAGGAGGUGGAGGAGGAGGAGUUAUUUGUGAACUCGACGGGCUGCGCUCGCAGCGAGUUCUACGUCAGGAAGAGUACGUUUGACAUGUUCAAUUUCCUGGCCUCUCGGCACCGAACGCUCCCGGAAAUGUGUACGUAUGAGGAGGAGGAAGAGGAAGUGCAGCUAAAGUCCACCAGGCGAGCGACCAGCCUGGACCUUCCCAUGGCAAUGAGGUUCCGCCACCUGAAGAGAACAUCCAAAGAGGCUGUGGGCGUGUACAGGUCAUCUAUCCACGGCAGGGGACUGUUCUGUAAGAGGAACAUUGACGCUGGCGAGAUGGUCAUCGAGUACGCGGGCAUUGUCAUUAGAGCUGUACUGACUGACAAGAGGGAGAAAUUCUACGACAGCAAGGGAAUCGGAUGUUACAUGUUCCGCAUUGACGAUUUCGACGUGGUCGACGCCACCAUGCACGGCAACGCGGCGCGUUUCAUCAAUCACUCCUGCGAGCCCAACUGCUACUCCCGGGUCAUCCACGUGGAAGGCCAGAAGCAUAUAGUCAUCUUCGCCCUUCGCAGCAUUUACCGCGGCGAGGAACUGACGUACGACUACAAGUUCCCCAUCGAAGAUGCCAGCAGCAAGCUGCACUGUAACUGUGGUGCCAAAAAGUGCCGCCGUUUCCUGAACUGAGCGAGGCACAUAAAAAAAAAAACACAAAAAAAGUAAAAAAAAAAAUUACAAAAAAAUUUAAAAAAAUAAAUCCACGGCCGCAAGUGCUGGUCUGGAGGUGCUGGCACUUCCACGGCGGACGCAAGAUUUCGGGUGAUGGCGCUGCUCGGCAGAGAGGGGUCAACAUUACAAGAAGUCGCACUUUACCCUCUGUCCUGGCUUGUCCGUCAUUAGAGUACAGGGCAGACCUCUCCUUUUUUCCUCUCAGGGUCUUCAAGAAUUGUCUCCUCUCUGGACACCGCCCCCUCCUCCCCCCUUCCCUUGCUGCUACCUGCUAGCGCUCGCCCCGUAAGCUCACGCGUUUUCUCUCGCAACUGCUGUGGAAAACGAGGAGCGGCGCUCAGAAUACGCAACAAGCAAUGGGCACCCCCCCCCCCCCUGCUGUUUUAACUCAUUGAUCUCCUGCCGUCUAUAUUCGCUCCCAUUCGGAGAACGUAUCCAACAUCGGGGAGCAAAACGGACUGUUUUGGGGGUGACAAUCAUUUUUUAAUCCUUUUGCUGCUAACCACCUGCUCCGCCCUGCAAAGGGGUACAAAUAAAAAAAAUACUCCCCCUGCUUCCGUCAGCUUUGUACCAUUUUAUUAAACCAAUAACCCACCUUGAAUACAACAUGGAGCAUCUUGAAUUGUGGAGCUUCACCAGACAGACUCCAUCUUUGAUUUUUUUUUUGUUUUUGUUUUUUGUCAUCCUAUUUUUAUUAUAUUUUUUUUUUGCAAAGCAGCGAGUGGUGAGAGCAAUUUGAAGUUUUGAAAAUCGCGUCUGUUUAAAGAGACAAGAAUCUUGAGGAGAGAGUGUAAAUAAAUGUACAAAGAAUUUGUAAGAACAUUGUUUUUCUAUGCACUUUUUUUAUUUAAGGACUUGCUGGGGGGGCGGGAAAUGUUUCAUUGUUUCACCUUCUGUUUAGAAUUUUAAAUAAAACUAAAAAUGUUG